UCAGAGCUCGCUGAAAAUUCUCAAAAGGAAGAAAAAUGUGGAUAAUUCAUUUUGGCGGGAAGUGGAAUUUUAGUUUGGCACUUAACAUUGGACUUGGGGUGACUAUGAACUCUGUCCAAGAAAGUGUAUUACAAGCAGCUGCCAAUACAAUAGAAAAAGUUGUCGAUGAAAAAUUAGAACAACUGAACAAUCUAUCAGAGGAUGACAUCUUGGCAAUUAGGAAAAAAAGACUGGCGGAAUUGAAGAAAAAGGCGGAAGAGAGAAGUGAAUAUUUGAGACUAGGACAUGGUUCAGUUGAAGAAAUAGGAGAAGAAAGAGAGUUUUUCAACGUUGGCAAGAAAAGCAAAAGAGUUGUGUAUUGUUUUUAUCGUCCCGGAACUUCACGCUAUACUGAUGAUCUUAUUGAGCUACUCAAGAAAAUCGCUUCAACCCAUAUAGAAACCAAAUUUGUACUAGUGAAUGCAGAAAAAAGUCCCUUUUUAACCAAAAAAUUGAAUAUUUACGUUAUUCCUACUCUUGUGCUGUUUAUAGAUGGCAAAAAAGUGAAGACAUUUGUUGGUCUAGAUGAAAUAACUGUUCAAGGGAAGUUGGACUUGGACGAGCUCGAAUCUUGUUUCAAAAGUUACAAGAUAUUGGAAGAUACUUUCGAAGACUGAGUGAUAAAAGCAGUUAGUCUUUUUAUGAUGUUCAAUCCUUUUUGCAAAAGUAUUCCUUUACUCGCUGUUUGAAACAAAGAUAAUAAGUCAUGGAUAAUAUCGGCAUUUUACAGACUUUCAUAUUCAAUUAUUCUUGAUUAAUCUAAUUCAUGACUUUUU